AUGCAAGAACUGCAGUACGCUGUUGUAGAUGCGCAUGGUACCGCAUUUUCAUAUAUCGACAGUGGUCCUCCUUUGGACUCCGCCAUCAGCGCGACCUAUGUAACAGUUUUUGCGAUCCAUGGCUAUCUCUUUAGCGCACAUGUGUUCCAAAAUAUUAUCCGCCUCGCACCAAAGUAUGGGAUACGAAUCGUAGCCAUCAAUCGUCGCGACUAUCCUGGCUCUUCGCCGCUCUCUCCGGAGGAUAACACAAUUCAGAGUGAUGGCAGCGACGACCAAAAGUCCACGUUCUUGCGCACGAGAAGCAUUGAAUUUGGGACAUUUAUCAGUCACUUCGUGAAUCAGCACAACCUCCCGCCGGUCUCAGAAGAUGGGAAGACGGGUGGGAUUGCAUUGCUAGGGUGGUCUCUUGGCAUAGCAUUUGUACACGCAAUCAUUUCGUCCUUGGAUUCGUUUCCGGCUGAAAUACAAUCGCAAUUUCGCGGACAUUUGCGUGCAGCCAUCCUUCACGAUCCUCCUUCUAUAGCACUGGGCAUCCCGUUACCGCCACAGGCCUGGUCACCGCUUGUUGAUACAUCAAUCCCUCCGGAAACUCGUGACCCUAUGUUUAUUCAGUGGGUUACCACGUACUUCGCGCACGGGGACCUCUCUAAGCGCGACUUGGCGAAUAUAUCAUUCGUCAUUCCCUCGACUACAAAAAUACCCAGUAUUUUUACGAUGACAGCGGAGGAAAAGGCACAAAUUGUUUCGCCAUCGUGCAAUUCCGAUAUGAUCUUCAUGCUCUAUCUGAAUCAAUUGUUUCGACCAAGUUAUAGGAAGGCGCUCUUUGAUCGUGAGUGGCGGAGACGGGUGCCGAAUAUGAAGGUUUGGAUUAUUGCUGGAGACUGCGCUCCCCCAGUCUCAAUCCCGGCAGUGUGGGAUCUCGAGACAGAAGACGCAGCUGAAGGGGGAGGGUCCUUGAAUACAAGGUGGAUCAAGGGGGGCAGUCACCUCGUGAGUAAAGCUAGCACAUUCUCUACCUCAGUCACAUACCUCAUACCUUCAAUACAGCUACACUGGGACGACCCUGAGACUAUGCUUGAAGCUAUUGUAGACUCGUUGGUCUAA